CUUUGGUGAGCAUCUUGGACUCACUUACAUUGCCUUCCAGCUAGCUGCCUCUUUCCAUAAAACCCAUACAUAUCUUCUCCCUUCCCUAGCUUGCAGCCUCACCUUCUUCUUGUUUUUCUUGCUUGUCUCUAUGCUUUUUGUUGCUUUGAGGAACUAGGCUGAGGAGGACAAAGGCAACAAGGAGAUUUCCAAGGGCCGGCGAGGGAGCUGAGCAUGCAUCCGAGCAGCGGAGCUGUGUCUGUGCCACCGGGGUUCCGGUUCCAUCCGACGGACGAGGAGCUCCUUUACUACUACCUGAGGAAGAAGGUUGCCUAUGAGGCCAUAGAUCUUGACGUCAUCAGGGAGAUCGAUCUCAACAAGCUUGAGCCAUGGGACCUCAAAGAUCGAUGCAGGAUAGGGACGGGGCCUCAGAACGAAUGGUACUUCUUCAGCCACAAGGACAAGAAGUACCCAACGGGGACGAGGACAAAUCGGGCCACGACGGCCGGGUUCUGGAAGGCGACGGGUCGGGACAAGGCCAUCUUCCUCGGCAGCAGCGCCAGGAGGAUCGGCAUGAGGAAGACGCUGGUGUUCUAUGUCGGCAGGGCUCCCCACGGCAGAAAGACAGACUGGAUCAUGCACGAGUACCGCCUCGACGAAGACAACGUUGACAUUCAGUCUGGAACAUUGCAGGAAGAUGGCUGGGUGGUGUGUAGGGUUUUCACGAAGAAGAGCUACCCAAGAGGCAUUAACCCGGCGGAGAUGGCGGCGUUCGAAGACGACGAGCUCCUCCACCCUUUCCCGGGUCAAGCUCAAGCGUCCGCCGCCGGCGCAAUGCAAACCUCGAAGCACAUCCACAUGAACAACCCGCACCUCAUGCAUCAGCAACAGCAGCACUACGAUUACCCUUCCUUCGAUGCGUCCAUGCAGCUCCCGCAACUCAUGAGCACCGAGCACGAGCUCCCCUCCUUCCUCCCCGGCCCGCCCGCCGUUGCCAUGACCUCCCUGGACGUCGAGUGCUCGCAGAACCUGAUGAAGCUCACGUCGAACGGCAGCAGCAAUGGGAUGCUCCACCAUGGCUGCAUCAGCACCAGCGGCGGCGACCCCCGCUUAGCCGCCACGGAUUGGUCUGUCUUGGACAAGCUCCUUGCCUCCCACCAGAACCUGGACCAGCUCUUCCAGGGCAUGGUUACUGCCACAGCGGCAGCAGCAUCAAUGGCGCCUUACCAGCAGCAGCAGCAGCUCAUGGAGCUAGGAAGCAGCAAUGGUAACUCCUCCAUGCAGAGGCUUCCACUGCAGUACCUCGGCUGCGAGGCCGCCGACCUCCUCAGGUUCUCUAAGUAGAACAAUUAGUGGACCUUAGCUUGUACCUCCUCCAAUCAAUAAUAAGACACUUAUUAUGGA